GUGUGGGGCCGUGUCGGGGCCAUGUCGCGACACAGGCGGGUUCUGCGGCGGCAGCCCGGCGGGGCUGCGGGGGACUGGGCUGCCGGCGCCGCGGGGCGCGCCCGGGCCGAGGCCCUCAGGGAGGUCGGCGUGGACGAGGUGGUGGAAAUGGCGGUGCAGCUCGCCCUGGAGCGGUUCCGGAGCGGGGACGAGGCGGAGAUGGAAUUUCCUUCUAGUUUCACUAGUACUGAAAGAGCAUUUGUUCACCGUCUCUGUCAGUCUCUUGGACUGGUAUCUAAAAGCAAAGGGUGAGUCAGGGUACAAUUUUCAGUUUUUUGGUGCAGACCAAUAGAAUUUCAAGACUAAUGAUAACCUGACUGAUGUUUUCAACAUACUCAACUGUGUUGCAAGGAAUAGUAUUAGAGAAAAAAGUGUAAAAGAGAAAUGAGCAUCUGUGUUCAUUGCUGUAUGCAUGCUUG